AUGGAUUCCUCGUAUCUCGUAGGUUGCCUUUUAAAUGCAUUUUUAUCCUACACCGCCACCAUGCUAAACAUUGCUACAAUCCAUGCCAUAAGAAAAACUCCGUCCUUCUCAAAAAAUUUAAAAACAUUACUCCUUAGUCUGGCUGUUUCUGAUCUUGGUGUUGGUUUAGUGGCGCAACCUUUGUAUGAGGCACGUCUUAUUGUGGAGUCACGGCUAAACAUUGAAACGUAUAAUGCCAUCUAUAUCGCGUACCUUAUCCCGGCAAGUUUAUUUCGUUUCGCUACGUUGUUUCUCGUUAUUGUUCUUUGUGCAGAGAGAUUUAUAGCCAUUCAAUAUUAUCUUAGAUAUCAAGAACUUGUGACACACAAGCGAGUUUUUGCUCUUGUCGUCUCAACUUGGGUAUUAAGCGGACUGUUUUCGUUGACGAGGCUGUGGAUCCCAAAGAGUAUUAUGUACGUGGGUUUUGGCAUUACAGGACUUGCAUGUAUUAUAGCUGCCACUUUCUUCAGUAUCAGAAUUUACUCGUCCGUGCGACUUCACGUGAACCAAAUACAAGUGCUGCAGCUACAACAUGCACCAAAGAAUGCUCAAAUGGUUAACGUUCGAAGGAUGCGAAAGUUUGCGAUGAUGUCAGUUUACGUUUGCCUCUUUUUGACGGUUUGCUAUCUGCCAAACAUUUGUACACUCUUUACUAUUGCCUUCACUUCUACACCAAGCAAUGGCAUAAAGCAUUUAAUGGUUUACAAUGUGACACUGGCGUUCCUUAAUUCGUCGCUUAAUCCUGUGAUCUACUGCUGGAAGAUGAAACACAUCCGACACACGAUCAUUGGCUUAAUAUGA